GCCCCCUCCGACUCCAAGCUUUGUUCUUUCCGUAUAAAUCGAAGAUGCCUUUCCAGUACUUGUUCCCUCUCCCUCUCUCGCGCACAGUUGCAAGCCCCAGAUUUAUCGAAUUCUGUAGAGAAGAGGGAGAGGGAAAAUAGAGAGAACGAACACGCUGAUUUGAAUUUAUUUCUUCCUCUUGAAUAGCAUUAGAGAUGGCGGAAGAACAGAAAUCGAAUCAAAGUCGCCAGAAAUCGAUCCCCCCGUACAUGAAGGCGGUCUCUGGUUCGAUCGGAGGGGUUGUGGAGGCUUGUUGUCUGCAACCGAUUGACGUCAUUAAGACAAGGUUGCAGCUUGAUAGGUCUGGGACUUACAAAGGAAUUCUCCACUGUGGAGCUACCAUUACAAAGGCCGAAGGCGUCAGAGCUCUCUGGAAAGGUUUAACUCCCUUCGCCACUCAUCUUACCCUUAAGUAUACUCUUCGAAUGGGUUCAAACGCUCUGUUUCAGGCUGGUUUCAAGGAUUCUCAGACUGGGAAACUCAGUAAUCAAGGACGCUUCCUCUCUGGCUUCGGUGCUGGGGUUCUUGAAGCCCUCGUUAUUGUUACCCCCUUUGAGGUGGUGAAGAUUAGGCUGCAACAACAGAAAGGACUCAGCCCUGAGCUUCUGAAGUACAAGGGUCCUAUACACUGUGCUCGAAUGAUCAUCCGGGAGGAAGGUCUCUUUGGGCUUUGGGCUGGUGCUGCUCCCACUGUUAUGCGAAAUGGGACGAACCAGGCUGCCAUGUUCACGGCAAAGAAUGCAUUUGAUGUAGUUCUUUGGAGGAAACAUGAGGGCGAUGGAAAGGUCAUCCAACCAUGGCAGUCAAUGGUGUCAGGGUUCAUGGCAGGAACUGUAGGUCCUAUAUGCACGGGCCCCUUUGAUGUAGUGAAGACAAGGCUCAUGGCUCAGAGCCGAUCAGGUAAUGGGGUAAAGUACAAGGGCAUGUUCCAUGCAAUCAGAACUAUUGGUGCAGAAGAAGGUUUGCUUGCAUUAUGGAAAGGAUUGCUGCCAAGGCUCAUGAGGAUACCCCCUGGGCAGGCCAUCAUGUGGGCAGUGGCUGACCAAAUGACGGGGUUCUAUGAGAGGAGAUACUUAUACAAUGCUCAAUAGUAGGCACAACAUAAAUGAUUUGUUUCAUUGUUUGGCUAAUUUAAUUGUGCAACAGAAGCUAUAUUUCUUUUGUGAUUUGGCUCAAAGUCUAGACAGAUUCUAUUCAAGAUCAGUUUAGGAUGAUUCCGAAUUUAUUGCAGUGAUAAGGAAUUUUACUGCC